AACAGUUUCACUGUAAUAGCGACAGAUGAUAAUUUCCUUGUCGUCCCUCUCCUCUGUAUGGGAGCAAAACUUCAGUCCUUGGUUAAAGAAAAUAGAAGGGGCUAAAAAGAAGCGCGAGGAAGAAGAAGACGAAGACGGGAUCUUGAGACCACAAAGGCCCAGUUGAAGAAACGUCAGAAGAUGGAAACGCUGAGCACCGCCACAAGAACGGCAACGUCACUGUGAAUCGCGCGUGGCAUGACCGCUGUGAACAGACACAGGAGGAAGAUAGCUCCUGGUUCGCAUUUCCUUAAUACCGCAUCGAGAUCGGAAGAAGAUGGUACCUUCUGCGUUGCAAUUCGAGCAGACGGAUGCCGCGAAAUCGGCGUCUCACAGCGACGACGAAAGCAGCAGGACAGACGACAAAGCAGCGCCUAACGAUGAUCUUGCGCUCAGUAACGCACUCGAUGACGAACUCGCCGACCAGGUCGUCUACCUGGAGGACUUUCAUGGCAUUUCGGAUUAUCCAGAAGAGCUACCAGUGCUUCAAGUCGAAGAGAACACCGAGGAAGUGUUGUCCUUAACGCGGGCCUACGAGGACGCCUGUUUCAAGGUGGCCUGUGCAGAGCACGAUGGGGAGGGUGUUUCGAGGUCGAAUGAUCCUGACGAUGGUGUCGCGGUGGCCCAAGAGCUUGGAGGAUCUUGCCUGCCGACAUCAUGGAUAACGAUAGGUCGUGGCGCACCCACGGCCGAUCGAAUGACGGACGAAUUCCACAACUCUGGCGAAGCGCUCUUCCACCUGGGCCCGGAGAUCGACUUGGGUGGCGGGCUGUGGCCAACGGUGCUAAACUACAGCCCCUCACAGGUCGAGGGCGGCUUCCGCCCGAGAAGGAAACGCAGGCUCAGCAGGAUCGCGCGUGAUGUCAGGCGCAAACGCAUAAAACGCCGAGCCUCCGGGAUUGACGAAGAAGUGGACUCGGGCUGCGAGGCUGACACCGAGUCGUCAUCGGAGGGCGAGGAGAAGGACGAUGACGGCGAGCACCUCAACGAGGAAGAAAUGGCGUCGCUUGGUUUGUGGUGUCUGGCGCUGGUGCGAAGGAAAACACUGACAAUAGAGAAGCCUGGGAGGCCUUGCUCCAGAGCGAGUCUGAAGACGACCAGCGUCGAGCAAUCCGCCUGGCCGUUGAGGCCGUGAAGACUAGCCAUCCUCAACGCGCGGGCUCUGCUUUGUCCUCCCUUCCUACCUACGUGUAGGUUAAGAGGCGGGAACCCCAGCUUGGUGGAAUAAUAAUGUUUUCAA